AUGGUUGCAGGCGCCAUCUUUGAACAGGGCACGGACGAUGUGCAAUCAGCCUUUAAAUAUGCAAUGCUCAAUCACAAUCUGAAUGUCAGUUCGCGUCGCUUCGAAUUGCAGGCGUAUGUUGAUGUCAUCAAUACGGCGGAUGCAUUCAAAUUAUCGCGCUUGAUUUGCAAUCAAUUCUCGCGCGGAGUCUACUCAAUGCUGGGCGCCGUAUCGCCGGACUCCUUUGACACAUUGCACUCCUAUUCGAAUACGUUCCAAAUGCCAUUCGUGACGCCCUGGUUUCCGGAGAAGGUGCUUACCCCGUCAUCGGGACUGUUGGAUUUUGCGAUCAGCAUGCGUCCGGAUUAUCAUCAGGCAAUUAUUGAUACCAUACAAUAUUACGGCUGGCAAAGCAUUAUUUAUCUCUACGAUUCGCAUGAUGGCUUACUGCGCCUGCAGCAAAUCUAUCAAGAACUGAAGCCCGGAAAUGAAACAUUUCGUGUGCAAAUGGUCAAACGCAUCGCCAACGUAACGAUGGCCAUUGAAUUUUUGCACACGAUGGAGGAUUUGGGACGGUUCAGCAAAAAGCGCAUCGUGCUCGACUGCCCGGCGGAAAUGGCCAAAGAGAUCAUCAUACAGCAUGUGCGGGAUGUUAAGCUCGGACGGCGCACCUAUCAUUAUCUGCUCAGCGGCCUGGUCAUGGAUAACCACUGGCCCAGCGAUGUGGUGGAAUUCGGAGCCAUCAACAUCACUGGCUUUCGCAUUGUGGACACUAAUCGGCGUGCAUUGCGUGAUUUUCAUGACAGCCGGAAGCGUUUGGAGCCGCCAAGUGGCGUGGGAGGACAGGCAGGAGGCAACCAUGGUGGCAUGCCAGCUAUUUCGGCACAGGCAGCUCUCAUGUAUGAUGCGGUCUUUGUUCUGGUCGAGGCCUUCAAUCGCAUUCUGCGCAAGAAACCGGAUCAGUUUCGUGCCAAUCAUCUACAGCGACGCAGCCACACAGGUGGCUCCGGUGGUGGGAAUACCCUGAAUGAGUCCAGCGCUUUGUUGGACUGCAAUACACCCAAGGGCUGGGUCACACCCUGGGAGCAGGGGGAGAAAAUCUCCCGAGUUCUGCGCAAGGUGGAAAUCGAUGGAUUAACUGGCGAAGUGCGCUUUGAUGACGACGGUCGGCGUGUCAACUACACCUUGCAGGUGGUGGAAAUGUCAGUGAACAGCACGUUGCAACAGGUGGCAGUGUGGCGAGAUGAUGCUGGCUUUCUGCCCCUACAUGGUCACAGCUAUGGAGCUGGCAAUUCGCGCUCAAUGGCCGCCAGCAAUGGGGAUUAUACACGCAAUCACACCUACAUUGUGACCACUGUGCUGGAGGAACCAUAUCUAAUGCAUAAGGCCGGCUAUGGGGACCAGUUGAUUGGCAACGAGCGCUUUGAGGGAUAUUGCAAGGAUCUGGCCGAGUUACUGGCAGUCAGACUGGGCAUUAAAUUUGAGCUGCGUCUUGUGCAGGAUGGCAGCUAUGGAUCUGAGAAUCAGUUUGCUCCUGGUGGCUGGGACGGCAUGGUUGGAGAACUUGUGCGUAAGGAAGCGGAUAUUGCCAUAGCAGCCAUGACGAUAACAGCGGAACGGGAACGUGUCAUCGACUUCACCAAGCCCUUUAUGUCAUUGGGCAUUUCCAUUAUGAUCAAGAAGCCGGUGAAGCAAACGCCAGGUGUCUUUAGCUUUCUCAAUCCGCUAUCGCAGGAGAUUUGGAUGAGUGUCAUAUUGAGCUAUGUGGGCGUCAGCAUUGUGCUUUAUUUUGUCACCCGCUUUCCGCCCCACGAGUGGCGCAUUGUGCGACGUUCGACGAAUGAUGCCACAACCACUCAACAGCCACCCGGCAUUAUUGGUGGCAGCGAACCACAGGAGCAACAUCCUCAUUCACAUCCACAACAGCAACAGCCCUCGACUGUCCCCGUCAAUGAUUUCAGUUUGCUCAACUCCUUUUGGUAUUCCUUGGCCGCCUUUAUGCAACAAGGAUGCGACUUGACACCACCCUCUAUUGCCGGACGCAUUGCAGCCGCCGUUUGGUGGUUCUUCACCAUCAUUUUGAUCUCCUCGUACACCGCCAACCUGGCUGCCUUUCUCACCGUCGAACGCAUGGUGGCACCCAUCAAGUCACCCGAGGAUCUGGCCAUGCAAACUGAUAUACAAUACGGCACCUUGCUGCAUGGCUCCACCUGGGAUUUCUUUCAACGCUCGAAGCUGGGCUUGCACAACAAGAUGUGGGAGUACAUGAAUGCCAAUCCUCACCUGUCGGUGCACACCUACGACGAGGGCAUUCGACGAGUUCGCACCUCGAAGGGGAAAUACGCGCUGCUCGUGGAGUCGCCCAAGAAUGAAUAUGUGAAUGCUCGGGCGCCGUGUGAUACCAUGAAAGUGGGUCGCAAUAUUGAUACGAAGGGAUUUGGUGUGGCCACGCCCAUUGGUUCGCCGCUGCGAAACCGUCUCAAUUUGGCCGUGCUGUCGCUGAAGGAGAAUGGCGAACUGCUGAGGUUGCGCCAGAAAUGGUGGUUCGAUAAAACCGAAUGCAAUCCCAAUUUGGACAGCCAGGAGACGACGACACCCAAUGAGCUAUCGCUGAGCAAUGUGGCUGGCAUCUAUUAUAUACUCAUCGGUGGUCUGCUGCUCGCGGUAUUCGUGGCCAUUCUCGAGUUCAUCUGCCGCAGCAAGAGUUCACGGCUGAAGGCGCCAGCAAAUGGUUCAGCUGGCGGCAUGUUGGGCUCCUCUACAUAUCAGCGGGAUUCUCUCUCGGAUGCCAUUAUGCAGUCCCAGGCCAAGUUGGCCAUGCAGGCGGGCAGCGAUUACGAUGAGCGUCUGGUGGGCGUUGAGUUGGCCUCAAAUGUGCGCUAUCAGUACAGCAUGUAAGCCAAUUGGCCAAGUUAACUUGUACAUAGAGACAACACACUUACUCGUAACUAAACGACGCUGGCAAUCAACUUGGAAGACAACAAACAGGCGACUUUGGGGCAACACUGGCGACGUUCUAAAACUGUACAGUCUAAUUAUUUGUAUUUUUGAUAAAUGUAUACACUGGAAGUGCAUAAUAACGAAUUAAAAAAAAAAAACGAAAACAAAAACAAAAACAACUAGCUGUAAUUAGCGCUUAAGUGAAAAUUAUUCCAAAUAAUAAAGCAUAAAUUUUAAGCAAAAAA